AUGGAUCGAGUAAUUGCAAAAGUAGAAACAACAAAGAAAAAGCUUCAAGCCAUAGAAGAUAGGCUUCAGAGUAUCUAUGACAACUUGGCGGGCAGAAGCCCUUCUUUCCCACAUUCCAUAGCCUACCUACUCUUGAUGUAUCUUCUUCACCACCAGAUUGUUCCAAACGUUUUUUUCAUGGCCUCGAGUGUGGCUAACAAGGUCCCUACUCUGAGACCUAAGCCCAGAUUGUCAGCUGAAACCAAACAGAAAAAUAUCAAGUCCUCCUCUACAUCAUCCUCAAACCCACACACAGACUCCCUAAUGAUGACAUUAAGGUGUCCCAUGCCUCUACAGAUGCAAGAGCUAGCUGAGACCGAUCAAAGUGACGACGACUCUUCCACUUCCUCAAAUAUACAAGAAGCAAUAGAAGCAGACCAAAGUUCAAGUGAUUUUAACUCUACCAAUCACUUCUCAUCUGAUGAAUCUGAAGCUGAAAGCAUCACUUCUAGCUACUCAAAAAAUGAACAUACCCAGGUUGCUGACAUCACAUCCAUUUUAAUGGCCACUCAAGGAGAAACCAGUCAACAAAGGACAGAAGAUAGUGAUUUGAGAUAG